CAUCGCUGCCGAGGCCGAACAUCCCGUAUUUGACGCUAUUUGAUCCUCCUCCAAUAUCGAUCAUGCCUCAAUCCAUUGAAAGCAAGCCUUCGCUGUUUAUCAAUCUCAGCACCUCUAAUAUUGAAAGCUCCAUAAAGUUCUUCACGGCUCUCGGGUUCUCCUACAGCAAGGAAUGGAGCGACAAGCAGACGGCGUCGUUCUUUUUCCCCGCCCCAAAUGCCAACGUGGCCCUCAUAAUGAGCGACAAGGACCGCUACAAGAGCUUCAUUCGACCCGGAAGUGAGAUUGCCGACGCCAGCAAGGCCACUGAGGUCAUCUUCGCGUUUGCGGCUAAGACCAAGGGCGAGGUCGAUGCCGCGGUCGAGAAGGCCGUCGCCGCUGGCGGGAAGCCGGACCCUUUUACGAUGCCGAAUAACGGAGCGGAGCACAGAAUGUAUUGCAGAAGCUUCGAGGACGUUGAUGGACAUAUCUGGGAGAUCAAUACGAUGCUGGGACAUGGUGACGAAAAAUGAUGUCUUUUUAACUGUCUAUGAGUGUGGUUUGGCAAUGUUUGACCAAGGCAUACGAAUUGAACCAUUUUUUUUACGUCC